UGCCUCACCAUAACAAGAAUGAACGCGUGCUCUGACACGAGCUCUACAGGAGUUUGCAGAACUCAGCCCGGUGAGGAGGACGGAGGAAAAAACACCAAUGGCCCGACCAACGCGAGUUUAAACCAACCGCAGUUUUGACAGCUGGGACUUUUAGGCCUAGACAUACUCUCUCUUCGUUGAUAAUGGACCCCAACAAUGAGACCAAGAAGACCCCCAUUCACCUACCAGUCGAUCAUGCUUCUGAAACCCAGAGACUGACCCCACCCAAAGAACCAGGCUGCAGCUGGCUGGUGGUGAUCGCGGCUGUGACCGCCUCACUGAGCGGCUUAAUGCUGGGCUAUGAAAUGGGCCUGACCUCUGGGGUCCUGCUGCAGCUGCGGAGCGUCCUCGCGCUCUCCUGCAGAGAACAAGAACUUCUGGUAAGCUCCCAGCUGCUCGGAGCUCUCCUCAUCUGCCUGGUGGGGGGCCCCAUUCUGGAUCGCUACGGCCGCCGCUGCUCUCUGCUCCUGAGCGCCGCCCUGGUGGUUGGAGGAACCAUUGUGCUCGUUGCUUUGACUUCUCUUGUGGCUCUCACGCUGGGCCGUGUGGUAGUCGGAAUGGGGACGUCUCUGUCAGGAACCGCAGCGUGUCUGUACAUUGCAGAGAUCUCACCGAGGGAGCGGAGGGGUUUGCUGGUCACCCUGUACGAGCUGAUGCUGGUUGUAGGGGUGAUGCUGGGCUUCAGCUGUAGCUACGCCUUCACUACUACACCGCACGGCUGGGCGUACACAUUUGGACUUGUGAUUCCUCCUGCACUGCUCCAGAUGGGUGCACUUCUCUUCCUCCCUCCUAGUCCUCGCUUCCUUGUGACUCAGGGCAAAGUGGAGCAGGCGAGAGUAGUGCUGGCGAGGAUGAGAGGUGGAUCUAAGAAACAUGUGGCAGACGAGCUGAGGGACAUCCAGAUUGGACUGAAGGAAGAAUCCGAACACAGUUUCUGGGAGCUGUUCAGUUCUAAGGCAAACCUACGGUCGCGGUUGGUUACGGGCAUGGCCUUAGUGUUCCUCCAGCAGGCCACCGGGCAGCCCAACAUCCUUUCCUACGCCUCGCCUCUCCUCCGUAGUGUCGGCUUCGACAGCGACGCUGCUGCUACCUUGGCCUCCACGGGGUUCGGAGUGGUCAAGGUAGUCGGGACAAUCCCCGCCGUGCUGCUGGUCGACCGCUUGGGAACCAAGCUCUUCUUGUGUGUGGGUGCGGUCGCAAUGGGAACGUCUCUGGCUACGCUCGGUACUCUGACUCUGCAAAGCCACACUCACCUAACAAGCCUGUGUAAAAGUCAGACUUUAGUAAACCACACAAAUGUACUGUGGGAUUUAAACAGAACCUCAGUAGAACUGGACAGCAGUGAGAUUUUUUCCACUCAGCUCCCCAGCCACUGGAGCGCUGAGGAAGCACAAAGGACUGACACGGAGACUGACAAGUCUCGGGGCUUGGAUCCAGAAAAAACUCAUGUAGAACUGUCUUCGUCAUUAAAGUGGGCAUCUCUGAUAAGCCUGCUGGUCUAUGUGGCUGCCUUUUCGAUUAGCCUCGGACCCAUGGUCUACGUGGUUCUCAGUGAGAUCUUUCCCAUGGGAGUCAGAGGCAGGGCUGUGUCGGUCGUGUCGGCAGUGAACUGGGCCACAAACCUGUUCAUUUCCAUGACUUUUCUCACCAUCACAGAAAAGAUUGGCGUUCCCAAUGUAAUGUUUCUGUACUCCGGUAUGAGUUUUGUCCUGCUGGUGUUCGUCAUCCUUUGCAUUCCUCAGACCAAAGGCCGGACACUGGAGGAGAUAUCAAAAGAGUUGGCAAGCAAGAAAAACUUUGAGGUAAACCUUUUCAGACAGGCGCAGCCUCAGGAGACCCUGAUCAGAAGGAGCCCGUCUACAGAUUGCCCCGCGAACCUCUAACACCUUUUUUCCCCCCAACUGUAACCUGAGACAUGAUAAAAAAAAAAAAAAAAACAAUGCCUUGAAAAUAUAGAGCAGAUCUUAGUUCCAUUUGUUUAUUUCUGCAGUGUUAGCUAGCCCACGUUAUAAAAUGCAGUUAUUUGACUUUUGUCAUGAUCAGAUCAGAAAUGGAAUGAAACCAAAAAGUGGGGAAAAUGCAUAUUUUUCACUUUUAAUUUUUUUUUUUUCAUUAAUAUUUUUUUUGCUAUAAUGUGAGGAAAAAACAGAAUUGUUAUACUGUACUUCUGUUUAGACAAAUUUUCAAAGCAAAAAUCUUCAAACAUUAGUCAAGUCGGACACAUUUAUGGUUAAAAUGUGUCCAUUUUUGUGCUGUUUGUAGUAUUAAACCUUUGUAUUUACUGGUUUGGAUCUUCAAAUCAGUCCUGCCAGUUUUAACAGUAAAGCAAUACAUUCUUAUUUUAUUAUGGCACCACAAAUUUAAAUCUUUUUUGGUUGUGAGGUAAUGGUAGGUUAACGUCUACAACUACUAGUAUUAGGAGUCUGGUGGGUAACUGCUUUGUGUAGAACAUUUUUAGAACAAUUUUUAAUAAAACAUUUAAUAUGAACACUAAUAUUUCUAACGUCAAAUUAAUCAAUUAUCCUGCUCUUAAAGGAAACUCCUUCUAGAAUAGUUUUUGGAGAAUAAAAACUGUAGCUCUCCAUGUUUAGUUAGAAUACACAAUUACAGAACACACUAAGCUAUCUAAUCUGAAACCAGUUAUCAAAGGAAAAAAAAAAAACAGUAGUUGUUUAAUAGCCUUUUUAUUUUUAUACAGAAUACAAAAGUUUAAGUGUCACAAUUUUUUACUCACCACUUGUUCAGAAAGUACUCAAUCACACAUAAAAGCAAGUUUUAUUUCAACAUCGUAGUAGGAGAUGCAUACAUACAAUAUAAGUGAUGCCUCAGUGAUGCAAAACUUAAAGCAUUCAGAUGUAAUACAACCAGGAAAACACUGCUUUCUGUCUGUUUUUUUUUUUUUUUAAAUGCCACUUCAGUGCUGCCUUUAUGUAUUUCACUGUAAAAACUUGUGAAUGGAGUAAAUCUCCUCGACAAGUGUUAGUGCUGCCAAACAUUUGUCCGCAGGGUGGCUACUGAUAUCAGUUAUGUACUGUUUCAUUUCAACUGACUGCUUUAUUCCUGAAUAAUAAAAUGAUGGCUUUGAAUUUUAA